AUGGAGCCGCUGGCGACUCACGACAGCCGCUGCAUCAUCGACGGCUAUGAGCUUCGGAAUCGCGUCGCUGUUACGGUUACUGUUGCUGUCACCCUCGUGGGUUACCAAUAUAAACCACUGCCUGCGUGUGCCGAUGCCUAUGUCUAUGUCUAUGUCUAUGCCUAUGCCAGCCUGCCACUACCGCCUACCGCUGAUCCAGGUUGGGAGGCAAUGCAGAUAGGUAGGUACUCUGAUACCAGAUGCUGAUGACGUGUGA